UUUUACUGCUCUUCUCGCAACCACGGUUCGAGCUAGAACACCUGUCUCAGAAAACGAGAACAAAAACAAAACUUGCAUUUUGAUGGCAGGUAAACGGGUUUGUUCUAAGGUUGCGCGUGGCGAAAGGAAGGUGAAACCGCUUUAAGGGAAUCGGUGGCCGCCGUCCUGUGCUUUGCGCUCAAGGGCUGCGGGUUCUCUCUGUCUCUAGCCUCAAUUUCCUUACUGUUGCCUAAUUUUCUGGAAUACUUCAAAGAUUAAACAUAGGCAGGUCUAACCAAACCAGACAUUAUAUUUAUUUAUUUGCCAAAUUUACUUCAAAUCCUACAAACAAACAAACAAAGCUUAAAAAAUUUUGGAGGUGCUGAGAGUUCUCCCCCUCCUUACCUGGAGAUAGCCACUGUGUUCAGGUUUGUGUGUGUCAUUUCCUUGCACAAUUUACAAUUUGGUAAUGGUGAAAACAUAAACAAUACGUGGUAUUGGUUUUUAAAGUGAUGGAAUGGUGUCUUUUUGCAACUUGCUUUUUCACCCAGCAUCACAUUUUGAGAUUUAUAUAUACAAAUGAAUAAAUGGAACACUUGUACUGUCUUUGAAUGAUUAUAAUUGUUGGUGUAGCACUGCACUGUAUGAAUAUACCAUAAUUUAUAGUCUCUUGAUGGAUUUUGGAGUUGUUCAUAGUCUUUAUCCUUUAAAGCUGUCCUGCAGUAACUGUAUUUGUACGUGUUGGUUGUGCACACUUUUGGAGUCCUAGUCACAGUCUUGCUGGGUGGUAGGAUGAUAUGUGCAUCUACCACUUAAGAUAGAGACUCGGUUAUUGUACCAGUUUUCACGAUCACUGAUACUGAGAACACCCAUUUCCUCUCAUGCUUGCUAACAAACUACAUUUUCCCCCCUUCUCUUUACUGACCAUCUUCAUGACUUUAGCUUACUGCUAAAUUUGCUUACUGCCCAGCCUAUGUCUAGCUAUGUGAUAGCAAAUGGGUUACUCUCUCACAGCUAAUUGGUUUGGUCUUUAUUGAGUUUGGUCUUCAUAAUAUUAAUUCCAACGAAUGUUUGUUAUGUUAUCUAAUGUUGCUAUGGUUGAUGUGAAGAUAGAAUUUCAAGGUAUGCUAAAUGUACCUCUCUAGCACCAAGUGAGCUGAUUUGAUUAAAAGCAUUUUAAAGAUGUGACGUUUUUCUUUAAAUCCUUCCCUCCUGGACGAAGUCGUUGGUACAUUCAGAAUACACGUAACAUACAUACAAGCUGUGAAGUAAAACCAAUGAACACCUCCAGAUCUACCAGUGGAUCCUUGCAAGAGUCAACCUAACCAACAUCGAAGGUGCUCACUUUCAGGAGGCGUUAUGCUGAACUCAUGCUAUUCCUGUAUUUUAAAUACUUUAAUCAGAUUUUUGUGUAUCAUUCAAUACUGCAUUGUAUAUACGGUUUUUAUGUGUGAGUAAAAAAAACAUGAUGGGUGUAGUCUUUGGGAACUUGGAUUCACUCAAUGCUGUAUUUCUAAGUUAGUAACAUUCAGUACAGAUGUAAGUAAUUCUUUACUGCUUGUGUAAUACUGGGUGAAUAUAGUGCACUUUAUGCAUUUUCCUGUUGGUAGGCAUUUCGAUUGUUCUGUUUUGCAUAGGAAAAGUAAACAGCACACCCACUUGGAAGAGCUAUGGUAUAGCUUCAAGUAGGAAAGCAGAAAUAACUUGAAAUGCUAUCUGCAGUGCAGAAAAGCCUCUGAAUCCCAGCACGCCCUCUCUCCACUUCUUCAGGAAAUCGGUAUCACUUCUUUCUUCUGUUAAUUAUCAGUGGUUGAUAAUAACUUUUAUCCUACUCAACUGUAUGGUACAAGUAGCUAUAAUGUCUAAGACACUUUGACACCUAUUUUCUUUGCACCAUGGUACAUGUAUGGAGGACAGCUUGAAGUCCUUUCCUUCUGCCCUGUGGGUCUGGGCGAGUGAACUCUGGUGUUUAGGGUUGGUGGCAAGUGCCCCUACCCACUGAGUUAUGUUGCUGGCCCAGUGACGUGUUUAGAGCCAUCACGGUUUGGCUUUAAAAUGCCUUUAUAUUUUACUGUAGAAAUUACCCUAACUACAUUUUCCCCCCUUCUCAUUACAUCUAACUCAGUGCUGAACCGUUUUAGGCAUCACAGCAGCGUGUGGGAAGCACAUGAUUUUAAAAAGCACUUUUGGUGCUUUGUGGACAGAACAUAGGUUGGAGUACGCAGCAUCGUAAGCCACCGUUUGCUGGAGUGGAAUUGCGGGUCUUUAACAGAAGGAUUGCAGGACUGUGCACCAUGGAUGAUUUUGCUGAGGGAGACUUGGCUUUGGCAGAUGACGCAUUAUUGGAAGGGUGCCCUUAUGAGGACGACUGUGUCUGUGCUCCCGACUUUACCACUGAUGACUAUGUCCGAGUGACCCAGCUUUACUAUGAUAGAGUGGGUAUGCAAUAUAAAGAUUAUGCCCAAAGUGAGAAAAAUUUAGAAUAUGACAUCUGCAAUAUAUGGUGUAGUAAGCCACUUUCUAUCCUGCAAGAUUACUGUGACACCAUUAAGCUAUAUAUCUUCUGGCCACUUCUUUUUCAACAUCAACACAGUUCUAUAAUAUCAAGAUUACAUCCCUGUGUGGAAGCCACCCGUUCUCGUGCCGCUGAGAUAAGUUUGAAGAAAUUACAGCAUCUUGAGUUGAUGGAAGACAUUGUGGAUUUGGCAAAGAGAGUUGCAAAUGAUUCAUUCCUUAUUGAAGGCUUAUUGAGAAUUGGUUAUAAAAUAGAAAAUGUAAGUGUUAAAAAUGAGACCCCAGCACACCCAUUGCAAAAAAUCUUGGCAAUGGAAGAAGCUUUAAAUUGGAUAAAAUACACAGGUGAUAUAACAAUUCUACCUAAAUUAGGAUCAGUUGACAGUUGCUGGCCCAUGUUAAGUAUUUUCUUUACUGAAUAUAAGUACCAUAUUACUAAAGUCGUAACUGAAAAUUGCAACUUGCUUGAGGAAUUUAGAAGGAACAGUUGUAUGCAUUGUGUGAAGCAAGGAGAGCUAAUGAAAAUGAGAGGAAAUGAAGAGUUUUCCAAACAAAGAUUUGAUCUAGCUGUCAUUUUUUACACCAGAGCCAUUGAAUAUAGACCUGAAAACCAUCUUCUUUAUGGUAACCGAGCUCUCUGUUUUCUUCGUAUGGGACAGUUUCGAAAUGCACUUAGUGAUGGGAAGAGGGCCAUUGUUUUGAAGAACACCUGGCCAAAGGGUCAUUAUCGUUAUUGUGAUGCUCUUUGUAUGCUGGGGGAAUAUGACUGGGCCCUGCAAGCAAACAUAAAAGCUCAAAAACUCUGUAAAAAUGACCCUGAGGGAAUCAAGGAUCUAAUUCAGCAGCAUGUAAAGUUACAAAAACAAAUAGAAGACCUGCAAGGUCGGACAUCAAAUAAGAACCCACUGAAAGCUUUUUAUGAAAGCAGGGCUUACAUUCCUAGAAAUUCAUCAGCACCUGCUUUUAGAACAUUACUUAACUUUGUGGAAACAGAAAGAGGUUUCAGAAAAACUAAGUACAAAAUGGCAAACGGUGGCAAUCAGAAUCUAAAGGUGGCAGAUGAGGCUUUGAAGGGAGAUGAUUGUGACUGUCAUCCUGAAUUUCUGCCACCUCCAAUUAUAAUUCGGGGCGGAGUCAGCAUGUUGGUAGCAUUUCUGUUCACCAACCUCGGUCAUUAUCUGUUUACUCAGUAUUUGAAUUCCAAUGCACAAGUGACUUUACCAGUAGAUUUGAAAAACAUUUUGGAGAAACAGUUUUCAAAAUCUUCCAGAGCUGCACACCAGGAUUUUGCUAACAUCAUGAAAAUGUUGAGAAGCUUAAUUCAGGAUGGCUACACAGCCUUGUUAGAGCAGCGUUGCCGAAGCGCGGCUCAGGCCUUUACAGAGUUACUAAAUGGUUUAGAUCCUCAGAAAAUAAGGCAAUUGAACCUGGCCAUGAUUAAUUAUGUAUUAGUAGUCUAUGGACUUGCUAUUUCUCUUCUUGGAAUAGGAAGACCCGAGGAACUGUCUGAAGCUGAAAACCAGUUUAAAAGGAUUAUUGAACACUAUCCCAAUGAGGGGCUUGACUGCUUGGCCUACUGUGGAAUAGGAAAAGUAUAUUUGAAGAAAAACAGAUUUCUUGAAGCUCUUAAUCACUUUGAAAAGGCAAAGACCUUGGUUUAUCGUCUCCCCGGAAUUCUGACUUGGCCCACAAGUAAUGUGAUUAUUGAAGAAUCCAAGCCAGAGAAAAUCAAGACGAUGCUGGAGAAGUUUGUUGAAGAAUGCAAGUUUCCCCCAGUGCCAGAUGCUGUUUGUUGCUAUCAGAAAUGUCGUGGAUAUUCCAAAAUUCAGAUUUACCUAACUGAUCCGGACUUUAAGGGUUUUAUACGAAUUAGCUGUUGCCAAUAUUGUAAGGUAGAAUUUCACAUGAACUGCUGGAAAAAGUUAAAAACAACAACUUUUAAUGAUAAAAUUGACAAGGAUUUUCUACAAGGGAUUUGUCUCACGCCUGACUGUGAGGGAAUCAUUUCAAAGAUUAUCAUCUUCAGCAGUGGUGGUCAAGUUAAAUGUGAAUUUGAACACAAGGUCAUAAAAGAAAAGGCUCCUUCAAGACCUAUUCUGAAACAGAAAUGUUCUAGCCUAGAGAAGAUAAGACUCAAAGAAGACAAAAAAUUGAAAAGGAAGAUCCAAAAACAAGAGGCCAAAAAAUUAGCACAGGAGAGAAUGGAAGAGGACGUGAAGGAAAGCGCUCCACCCAAAAACGCAGAGCCGGAAGGAACCUCAGACAAUGUCCAGAGUUGUCAGUUUCUAGAUGACAGAAUCCUGCAAUGCAUAAAGCAGAAUGCCGACAAGAUUAAGUCUGGGAUAUUGAAUACCUCCACACUUCUCAAAGAGCUGCUUUCCUGGAAGGUUCUGAGCACAGAAGACUAUACAACAUGUUUUUCCAGCAAAAAUUUUCUCCAUGAAGCGGUCGACUAUGUUAUCCGCCACUUGGUCCAAGAAAACAAUAGAGUAAAGACACGGGUAUUUCUGCAUGUUUUGAGCGAGCUAAAAGAGAUAGACCCCAAGUUGGCUCCCUGGAUCCAGAGACUUAAUAGCUUUGGCAUAGACGCCACAGGACCGUUUUUUACUCGAUAUGGAGCCUCUCUCAAGGAACUUGAUUUUAGCGUCAUGACUUUCCUCUGGAAUGAGAAAUAUGGCCAUAAACUGGAUUCUAUAGAAGGAAAGCAGUUGGAUUAUUUCUGUGAGCCAGCAUCCAUGAAGGAAGCCCGCUAUUUAAUAUGGCUGCUGGAGGAAAACAGAGACAAGUUCCCGGCCUUGCACGGGGCCCUUGAUGAAUUCUUUGAUGUCAUGGAUAGCCGCUGCACUGUGUUGAGGAAACAGGACAGUGAUGAAGUGCCGUUUGGUUGUAUCAAAGUAAAAAACAAAGGCAAGAAAAAGAAGCCAAAAGAUUCAAAGCCAAUGUUAGUGGGAUCUGGAACAACAUCGGUAACAGCAAGUAGUGAGACUGUCACUCCAGAAGACCCUAACAGACGCAACUCAGAUUCUGCAGGCCCCUUCGCAGUGCCUGACCACCUUCGCCAAGAUGUAGAGGAGUUCGAGGCUCUUUAUGACCAGCACAGCAGCGAGUAUGUCGUCCGCAAUAAGAAGCUGUGGGACAUUAACCCCAAACAGAAAUGCUCCACGCUGUAUGAUUACUUCUCUCAGCUGCUGGAAGAGCAUGGCCCCUUGGACAUGAAUGACAAGCUGUUCACUGAAAAAGAUGAGUUAUUCCCUGAAGAAACUCGACAGAUGGUAGAAAAAGCAGGAGGUUUGAAAUCUUUCCUCCUGGGAUGUCCUCGUUUUGUUGUAAUAGACAACUGUAUUGCAUUGAAAAAAGUUGCCUCACGACUCAAGAAAAAAAGAAAGAAGAAAAACAUGAAAACGAAAGUUGAAGAAGUUUCAAAACCAGGAGAAUAUUUACGAGUUAAACUGCCACUAAACCCAACUGCUAGAGAGUUUAACCCAGACGUGAAGCCUACGCCAGUCUGUGAGGACGUGAGGCCCACACCUGGGCCAGCUUCUGAGGAUCUGAAACCCCAGCUGGACUCUGAUAGCUCUUCUGGUUCAGCUUCUGAGGACAGCAGGCUGGAAGUGGUCUCUCCCGACUCUCCCACACAGCUCUCUGAGGAUGUGCAUCACCUCACAGGCCCGCAUUCCUCUCCUUCCCCAACACCAGCUCCUGAAGAUGCCAAACCGACGCAGUACUGGGCUCAGUCCCACGUGGUCACAGGGUUCUGCACAUACCUCCCUUUCCAAGGGUUUGACAUCACUCAGCCUCGGCCAGCAUACAUAAACAUGCUACCAAGCCUGCCCCAGUUCACCGGCAUCUACACGCCUUUGGCCAGCAUUCCUUCUGAAUAUCCCAUGCAGAGGGUCAUGCCAGUGGUGCCAACUUUUGUAGCCGGCGACAGAGCAGAUAAAAGCGCUGCUGCGUAUUUUGAGAAUCAUAAUUUGAAUGCUGAGAAUGACUCUGGUAGGCAGAUUGCCUCUGGCACACAGUUCCUCGAGGAUUCUUUGGGAAUAGCUGUCAAGUCCCAGAGCAGCCCAGCUGAUGCCAGUAUAGCUCUGAGUGAGCCUGACCAAAACAGCAGAUGUGGGAGCACUGACGGCCCAUGGGAAGCUUCUCUAGAAGGUAUCAGUGAAGAAGCACAUACUCCACCUGCACCAGCGGUCGCCAUACAGGUGUCUCAGGGUGUAGCACACCAGGAAGUCAAUACCGAGCCCUAUGAACCUUUUGAGAUGCAGCAGGGGGACCUUUCCCGGAUUGAGAAGGAGCACCUCCUGUUAAAAGACCAGCUGAAGGCAGCAUCGGAGAAGUAUGAGCAGAUAAAACUCAAGAGCUCAGAAGAGACCGGGGACCUGGAAGAAAAGCUGAAAAGGAACGACGAAGAAAACAAGAUCUCCAAGACAGAAUUAGACUGGUUCCUCCAAGAUUUGGACAGAGAAAUUAAAAAAUGGCAGCAAGAGAAAAAAGAAAUCCAAGAAAGAUUAAAGGCCCUGAAGAAAAAAAUUAAAAAGGUUGUAAAUACCAGUGAAAUGUCUGCCUACAAAAAUGACGGAUUAGAUAAGGAAUGCGGAUCGAAUCUGGACCAGUCCCUGGGAAUCAGUGUUGCACUCACAGAUGAGAAGACGGCGAUAGAAGAGUCUAUCCGGAAGGGGAAAGAGCAGUACGAGGAGAGCCAUCAGAGAGCGGUGGCCGCGGAGGUAUCUGUCCUUGAAAACUGGAAGGAGCGAGAAGUAUAUAAAUUACAGAGUGUGGCGACACAAGCAGAAACCUAUCUUAAAAACCUCAAGCUGAUGAACAGUGAGUCUGCUUCCUAUCCUGACAUGGAGAGUGACACACAGGAGUGGGAAUCGUUUCUUUCUGAUGUAGGAGAGGAGAUUGAGAGCACAAAGUCUCAGUUUGAAGAUCAGAUUAAGUCCAUUAAGAAUGGCUCUCGUCUCAGUGAGCUUUCCACAGUGCAGGUUUCCGAGCUUUCAUUUCCUGCCUGGACACCGAUUCAUCCUCAGUUUUCCUCUGAGUCCUCAGGCUAUGAGGAUCAAGGGCUGCUGGCUUCUAUAGAUAACAUGACUGGAGCCGUCUACAUGGAUUCUCUUAUGGAACCUACUAGCGGCUUCCCAGAGGAGGUUCCUGAACUGUCACUAGGCUCACCCACCCAUCAGCCUGAAGUUGGUCAAGGGUUAGAGCUCAAGAGAGCUAGCCAGGUGUCUCCAUCAGAACAGAGCCCUGAGGCUGACGAGAAACCAUCUGCACAGGCCACUCGGUCAAGCCAGUCUCCAAAAAAGCCUUUCAACAGUGUUAUUGAACACUUGUCAAUGGUAUUCCCAUGUUAUACCAGCACUGAGCUUGCUGCUUUUGUUAAAAAAGUUCGAAACAAAACCAAGAACUCACUUUCUGGAUUAAGUAUUGAGGAGAUUGUUGAGAGAGUAACGGAGCACAUUCUAGAGGAACAGAAGAAGAAAAGGCCAAAUCCAGAAAAAGACAAGAUCACAUCCGAGGCGCAGUCUGCUGACGUUGUGGCCAAGUCCUCCCAGAGCGCACCCUUGGCUGUUGUUGGACCAUCAUCCAAAAUCAAAGGACAGAAAAGAGAUGAGGUCCCUGUGAGCCCUACACCAGAUGCAAAUUCCUGCGAAUUAUGCCACGAGCUAUUCAAGUCAAAAAACAUGCGCGUGCUAAAAUGUGGGCACAGGUUUCACAAGGGGUGCUUUAAGCAGUGGCUUAAAGGCCAGAACACUUGUCCCACCUGCGGCAGUGGGGACCUGCUGUCAGAAGAGUAGCCUGUUGCACCGUCCUUGCCAGCCGAGCCCAGAAAAGACGGAACCGCCUUCCUGUUGCUAUAGGUAGACACUCUUCACUAAUGCACCAUUCACUUGCGUGAUCAUUGAAAUAGCAGCGGUGUCCUGUUACCAGUAUAAAACCAGAAACGUGAGAACUUGUCCACUGUAUCACAAAGCUAACACAUCGAGUCUUGAAUGCAGUCCAUACCAAGUUCCAAGCAAGUGGCAACCGUGUCUGGGCCUCUGCGACGCUGUGUGACCACAUUCCUGCAUGGUUGGGGCUGCUUCGGUUCUUAGCUGGAACUGUGGGGUCUUCUUUAUUGAUUUUUAAAGUGCUUAGGAUCCAAUUGAUCCACAUUUUGGAAAUCAGUUAUAAAAUACUUUUAAAAUAAGUUUGACCUAAGACUUUUUUACCCUGGAAACCGGCUACCGGUUGCAGCAGUUCCACACUUGAGGCCUACACUAACAUUUCUGUGCUGCUCUCAUUAGCUAAGCAGCCAGUGCUUGCUUAGAAGUGUCCAGCUAGCUAGUGCUGAGCACAAGAGCACUGUGCAGAACUAGUCACCAUCCUUCUUCCUUAUCCUGCCACCAAAAAGAAAUGUAGCGACAGCCCUGUGUUGUUGGUGUUGUUCAGUUGUUCUGUGUUUGACCUUCGUGUAAAGUGAUGCAUGCAGCCUCGUGUUGUGGCCUGAAAAUAAACUUAACUGCGUUAGAACCUACUCAGAAACUAGUAUUUUUAGUGACCUGUAGACAGUGGCAAAUGAACCUGGAUGCAUUCCUUUUCUCUCCAACAAGAAGAAACAAAACAAGACAAAAAUGUUUUCCAGCGUGUUCUCUGUUGUAGUAGCGGUUUGGUCACCUUCUUUCUACCUGUUUCUGUGUGAGUUGUGGUGUCUAGUGACUUAGUCUACAGCAGUUCAUUCCCUGUUCUGAAACCUUAUCCAUGGUGGUCCCUGAAACACGAUUUGCAUGUUCUAACAGUUGAGAGACAGCAGUACACAUUAAAGUCCACAGGGGCAGACUUCAUUGUGCGGUACGAAGAAGUGUAGCUGCUGAGAGAAUGAACUUCUGUGCUUCUCAGAGCCUGUGAACAUGCCUUAUACUUGUCCAGUAACUGUCAAUAAAAAGCAUUCAGAAAGAUCA